AUGGCGGCGGCGACGGUGAGAGGAGGCGAUUCCGACGGCGGCGGAGGCCCGGAAGGCACCCCCCCGGGGCUGGACGGCGACGCGGGGCCGGACGCGGAGCCGGACUCGGAGGUCUUCUCGUGCGGGGCGCACUGCUCCGAGCUGGCCUGGCGGCAGAACGAGCAGCGGCGGUUGGGCCUCUUCUGUGACGUCACGCUCGCCUUCGGCGGCGGCGACGGGGACCAGCUGAUUGAGUUGAAAGAGUUUCUAUUGAUACGUUUGAAAGAGUUUUGUGGAGAAUUUCUCAAGAAGAAACUGAGUCUCUCCAACUCUGUGGCUAUACAUAGUUUGGCUCACAUGUACUCCUUGAACCAGCUUGCUCUAAAAGCUGCAGACAUGAUCAGGAGAAACUUCUACAAAGUCAUCCAAGAUGAGGAAUUCUACACUCUCCCAUUCCACCUCAUCAGAGACUGGCUUUCAGACUUGGAAAUCACAGUGGACUCUGAAGAAGUUCUUUUUGAGAUGGUCUUAAAGUGGGUUCAAAGGAAUCCUGAUGAAAGAGAAAAGUACUUUGGCGAGCUAUUUAAACUUCUGCGGCUGCCUCAGAUGAAACCCACUUACUUGACCCGCCACGUCAAGUCUGAAAGGCUAGUAUCAAGCAAUGAGGCUUGCCUUAAACUUGUGUCAGAAGCAGUAGAAAGCCAUGCGCUCAGGGCUGAGAUCUUACAGUUAGGUACCUUUCAACAGCUCGCUUCACCAGUAACUUUGCUGCCUCGUUUUGGACAAAACAUGGAUGUUAUUCUGGUCAUUGGUGGUGUGUCUGAGGGAGGUGACUACUUGAGUGAAUGCGUUGGGUAUUUCAUUGACGAAGAUAGAUGGGUGAAUUUGCCACACGUACACAAUCACCUUGAUGGGCAUGCUGUCGCAGUGACAGAAUCCUACGUUUAUGUAGCAGGCUCCAUGGAGCCUGGCUUUGCCAAGACCAUGGAAAGGUACAACCCAAAUCGAAACGUGUGGGAGCAGGUUUCCAAUCAAAUAAGUAGGAAGCAUUCCUUUGGUCUCACUGAAAUAAAGGGGGACCUGUACAGCAUUGGGGGGCAUGGGAAUUUUAUAUCCGGCUUUAAAGAAGUAGCUGUCUACCAUCCAGACCAAGACAUGUGGCAGACCUUAGAGCCAGCACCAAAGAUACUUCGGGAUGUCAAAGUGAUCACCGUAGAUGAUCGGUUUGUUUACAUGGCUGCCCGCACACCAGUUGAUGGGGACAGUGAAGACGGCUUAAGGGCUGUUAUCAUACGAUACGAUGCAGAUGCAAGACAGUGGCAGGAUACUGAGUCUCUGCCACUCCUCGACAAUUAUUGCUGUUUCCAGAUGGCUGUGGCCAACACUAACUUUUAUCACACAGCCUCGUGUUGUCCCAGAAGCUACCCCAUAGAUCACGAAGAGGCCAAGAGGAAGAUUUCUGGCCAGGUGUCCGACGACAUUCUAGAAAGCUUGCCCCCGGAGGUUCUUAGCAUCGAAGGGGCAGCAGUAUGCUAUUACAAAGACGACGUGUUCAUCAUAGGUGGGUGGAAGAACAGUGACGACAUAGACAGACAGUACAGGAAAGAGGCUUACCGUUACUGUGCUGAGAGGAAGCGCUGGCUGCUGCUCCCUCCCAUGCCCCAGCCUCGCUGUCGAGCAGCAGCUUGUCACGUGAGAAUCCCCUUCCGGUCCUUGCACGGUACCCAGCGAUACCCCAUGCCACAAAACUUAAUGUGGCAAAAGGACCGGAUGCAGCAGAGGCACGAGAUACGCCAUAAUCCCUUAAAUUUGAGGAGGAUGCCACGGUCUCAGAUUGAGUGCUAACCUGAAUAAAUGAAAGAGUUUGAGAAAGACCUGUUUGUGUCGCCGUGUGGUCCGCUAAUAGUAACCUAAACCAUCCGGAUAAACCACUGGGUUAUUAAAGGAGGCUCACCUUCUGGGUGUUAAAUAGUUUGCCAGAAUUACCAGCACCGCAGGGGAAACUGAUGUAUGUGAUUGUUGCACGUACAUGACUGCUGGAACCUUUGAACUCCCUCCCUGUUAAAAUACAGUAGAAUAAAAGCCAGGAAAAGAACUGUCUGUGAAGAGAAAGUCCAGUUUUCCAGGAUCACCCUCUAUAAAGGCCCAUUUAAUCCAGUGAGGUGAAAGGAUUUUCCUGCUGCUUGGGGCUGGUUUCACCUCUUUUAAGCAUUCGUGCAGGUUGUGUUUAGCUGAAGCUUCUUAAUUUAACACAUGCAUAUUGUGGAAAAUCUCAAAACACCACUCCAGGCUUUCCUUUUUUUUAGAACACUUGUCUUAUUUGUUUUUGCAGCUAGUAUGAAUCUGCAUAAUUUUUUGACACUUGGAGCCAUGUGCAAUAGUUAAAAACUAUGAGUAAAGCACAAUCCCUUGCUAGAUAAUGUCAGAAUG